UUACAGAUGUCGCGCUUUUUGAAACCCAUCGAUUAUAGCGAUGAUGAAGAUGAGUCUUGCCUAGUUAGAGCAAAACCAAUUGAUCCAAAGUUCGCUCGAAAAUUGGGCAGUUAUGCUGCUGGCAAAGAUUUUGUUACUAAAAGUGUGAAGUCGCAGCAGGAACUGGAAGAAAGUAUUGUAAUAGUGAAGAAUAGUCCAAACACUGGAGAAAUAAGAAACGAAGAAACUAAUUUAGAACGGCACAAUAAACUUGGAGCAAAAAUAUUGAAAGCGAAACUACAAGGCAAAACGUCUUUGAUAAAAAAGUUGGAGAAAGAGUUGCAUACUCUAAAAAAAGAUGGACAAGGCCCAUCUUCGACUUGCAAAAUACUUCUUAGAACUGACGGAGGUGAUGUGGGUGAUGUGGUGAUACCCGCUACUAUGAAACAAGAAGAAAAGAAUUUAAAAAGUCGCGGAAGUGUUGAUGCAAUUUAUCACGCUAACAAAAGUAUUCAUGAUAUAGUAGCUGACGAAAAAGCGAUAGGAUCCGCUGAUCAUAUUUUCAGCACUGUUAAGGCAGCAGCGAAAUAUCGAAUGGCAGAAGACUGGAUCGUUGAUGAUGCGAUGAUGAGUGUGAAGCGAUCGCGGAUGAGAGAGGCGAAAGAGCAAAGGAGAAAUCGAAACAAUCUAAUUAAAGAGAACAAAAUUUAUGAACAAACACUCGAUUCUUGUCGAUUUUGUGUCGAGGCGGUAUGCUUCCGAAAACACUGUAUGGUGGCUUGUGGAAAUAGCGCCUAUUUGUCAUCUGUUCCAUGGCGCCCUUUGAUAAAAGAACACUGUUUGGUCGUUCCUAUUACUCACUAUUCGUCAACUGUAACACUUGAUGAAAAUGUUUAUGAAGAAAUACAGAGAUUUAAAAGAGCUUUAGUUUCAAUGUGGCACAACGAAAAAAUGGAUUGUUUGUUUGUAGAAACAGCUAAAAAUGUAAAACACCGCAAGCAUAUGUAUAUUGAAUGUAUUGCAGUACCGAGUAAAAUUGGUGAAAUGGCACCUAUUUAUUUUAAGAAAGCGAUCGACGAUAGUGAAGGUGAAUGGGUUGAUAACAAAAAAUUGGUGGAUCUCAGUAAACGAGGUGGAAACAUUCGAAAAGUUAUUCCCAAAGGGUUCUCGUAUUUUGCUGUCGAUUUUGGUUUGCAAUCGGGUUAUGCGCAUGUUAUUGAAAACGAAGAUCAAUUUCCGCAGAAUUUUGCCCAUGAAAUAAUCGGUGGUAUGAUGGAUCUGGAAAGGAGGCAGUGGAGGAUGAAUGAAUGUCUAACUGUGAAAGAACAGCUAGCGAAUACCGCUGAACUUAAACGUUUAUGGGAACCAUUUGAUUGGACGAAAGAAUCUAAAAAUGACAAGUGAUCAAACAGGUGUAGACGUACUCGACAGUGUUAUCGAUUCUUGAAAACAUAAAUUUGAUGUCACUUGAAAUCGUUGGAAAUAACAACCUUAAUGCCUCUUUGUUAUCUCAGUAAAUUUCAAUUUCAUAUGUGUGCUUCGUUCAUGUAUGCAAGAUUCAUUAUUGUAGUUUUGUGAUAUUAAACCUCUUUAAACAGCAUUAAAUGAUUGGUUCUGAAGUAUUUUUAGACGGAUCAUUCCUACAGCUAGCAAAAUGCUUUGGCCCGACACUCUUCGAAAUAUUUCAUUCCAAGUUCGAGGAAAUUUUGUGCAGCAGCACUGUACUUAAUCGAAUCAUACGAUGUAAUAAAUUCAUUUCCGUA